GGUAGGCUAUGUGUCACGUGUUACUUUCAUUUUAGCAUUAUACGUAAGAGAUGCACUUUUGAGUCUACAUUGAAUUCUUAUUUAGUUUUAGUUUUAUUUUUCUGUUAAAAGUGGUGAAAAUGAAGUUUCACUUUAUUUUGCUGUCAGUGUGCUUGUUUUUACCUGAACAUGGUGUGUCUGGUGUUGAGACAGAUGGAGUGUUGGUGUCAGUGAUGGAGGGAGAUUCAGUCACUCUACACACUGAUAUUAAAAAAACCCAAGAAGACAGAAUUAGAUGGUAUUUCAAUGAGACUCGCAUCGCUCAAAUUAAUGGAGAUCCCAGUAAGACCUGUACAGAUGUUCAGUGUAAUGAAGGUACUGAGAGAUUCAGAGACAGACUGAAGCUGGAUCAUCAGACUGGAUCUCUGACCAUCAGGAACACCAGAAGCACAGAUUCAGGAUUUUAUCAACUGAAGGUCUUCAGCAGCAGCAGCAUCAGUGAAAAGACCUUCAGCGUUUCUGUCCAUGGUGUUUCUGCUGCUGAACGAGAUGAAAUGAAGAGAAAGUCAGUGAAGGAGGGAGAAUCUGUCACUUUAGAUCCUGGUGUAAUGAAAACGCCAAAUCAUGUGAUGACGUGGUUUUUUAAUGACACGCGCAUCGCUCAAAUCACUGGAGAGCCCAAUAAGACCUGCACAGAUUUUCAUUGUCCUGAGAGAUUCAGAGGCAGACUGAAGCUGGAUCGUCAGACUGGAUCUCUGACCAUCAGGAACAUCAGAAUCCCAGACUCUGGAGUUUAUGAACUACAGAUCAGCAGCAGUAGCAGUCGUCGUCGCCGCCGCAGCAUCAGCAGUGUGAAGAGCUUCAAUGUUACUGUCAUUAAUUCAGGUCUGUCUCCAGCUGCUGUAGCAGGAAUAUGUGUUGUUCUGCUGCUGGCGUCUGCAGCAGCUGGUGUGAUUUACUAUCGCCACAGGAGGACAUUCAAGAAGAUCCCAACUUCAGAAAAUUCUUAAUGACAAAGCACUUUACCUGUUUACUUCUAAGGGAAAUUUUAAAUCACCUGUUACUGGAAGCACACAAUGGCUAUAAAAUGUUUACACACCUUUGUUACAAUUUCAGGCUUUUAAGAUGUAAGACAUGAAUCCAACUUAAAUCAUAUCAGAUCUUUUUCCACCUUUAAUGCAGUAUUAAAAGCAUCAAAAUUAAUAAAACAAAUAAAUAGACACUUUCAAGAAAAAAAUAAUUAAAAAUAAAAGACUUUAACUUGGUUGCACAAGAGUGUACUUCCCUUGACUAAUAUAUGGAUGAUACGUCUUUUGCAUUAAAUACAGCAGCCAGUCUUUUUGAAUAUAUCUUGAUUGGGCUAUUUUUACCGCUCUUCCUUGCAAAAGAGCUCCAGAUUGAUCGUAUUACAGGGGAUCUCCUGUCUACAGCCCUCUUUGAGAC